UGUGUGUCUCAGAGCGAGGGGGGACACACGGGGGGACGCUGCAGACUCUCACCCCCCACACACACUAACACACAUUAGCCCACCACGGUCACGCUCACACACCACACUGACUGUCAGCAGAGCGAGAGAAGGAGAGAGGGAGAGAGAGAGAACAGGGCUGAGAGCCGCUCAUGUCGGUUUGGUUUGCUCUAUUAGAGUAUUUGCUGUUCUGUUAGUUCUUCAGGGAACACAUAUCUGUUCCGGAACACCUACAUCAGUGUGUGGACUGUGUUAUGGAUCUGGAGUGCCGGAGCAGUGUGGUGGGCCGCUGGGCAGGACUGACCGGCCUGCUGCUGGUCAUCUUCUCUGUGCCGAUCUCAGCUUUUAAUCUGGACACCACAGACACUCUGAACAAGGAGGGAGAGCUGGGCAGCUUCUUCGGCUUCUCUCUUGCUCUACAUCAGCAGCUCUCACCACAGCCGAAGAGCUGGCUGCUGGUCGGGGCUCCUCGGGCCAGAGGCUUGGGCACUCUAAGGAACAGUCACCCUGGAGCUUUAUAUCGCUGUCCAAUCACAGCGGAGGAGUACGACUGUGAGAGAGUGGACAUUGACGGAGAUGUGAGUCUGGAGAGGGAGAGUAAAGAUAACCAGUGGUUGGGGGUCACAGUGAAGAGUCAGGGGAUCGGAGGGAAAGUGGUGACGUGUGCUCACCUGUAUGAACUGAGGCAGCGGGUCAAUCAGCCGUCCGAAACCCGAGACCCGAUUGGACGCUGCUACAUGCUGAGUGAGGACCUGACUGAGAGGGAUGAUCUGGAUGGAGGAGAGUGGAAGUUCUGUGAGGGACGUUCUCAGGGUCACGAGCAGUUCGGCUUCUGUCAGCAGGGCCUGGCCGCCAGCUUCACUCCCGACAACAACUAUGUCUUGUUUGGGGCUCCGGGGACCUACAACUGGAAAGGAGAGAUGCGAGUCCAGCACCUCAACCAAUCCCUGGUGGACUUGGGUUUCUAUGAUGAUGGCCCCUACGAGAUCGCAGAUGAAAAACGGCAAAAUGCUACGUUGAUUCCUGUGCCAUACCACAGCUACCUGGGCUUCUCUGUGGAUUCAGCUAAAGGAAUAAUGAGCCGGGGGGAGCUGACCUUUGUAGCUGGAGCACCGAGAGCCAAUCACACCGGAGCGGUGGUCUUGCUGAAGAAGGAUAACGUGUAUCGGCUGGUUCCGAAGUUUAUUCUGUGGGGGGAGGAACUCGCCUCAUCCUUUGGAUACUCUGUGACCACCACUGACCUGAAUAAGGACGGCUGGACUGAUUUAAUUGUGGGAGCUCCGAACUUCUUUGAUCGCAAAGCCGAGAUCGGAGGAGCCGUGUACGUGUUCUUAAACCCGGCGAGUCACUGGGAGAAAGCUCGGCCCAUCCGCCUCAAUGGAACCUAUGACUCCAUGUUUGGCAUGACGGUCAGCAGCGUGGGAGAUCUGGACCAGGACGGUUACGGAGAUGUUGCUGUUGGAGCUCCAUUUGAUGGAGAUGGAAAAGUUUUUAUCUUCAGAGGCUCUGCGACUGGCAUCGACACCAAACCCUCUCAGGUUCUCGAUGGACUGAAUGCAGGUGUGAAACGCUUUGGAUAUUCAAUAUCAGGAGGUCUAGACAUUGAUGGGAACCUUUACCCUGAUCUAGCAGUGGGAUCCCUCAGUGACCAGGUCGUUCUUUACAGGUCACGUCCAGUGGUCCACGUGAGCAGAGACAUUUCCCUGAAGCCUCAGCAGAUCGAUCUGGCUCAGCAGAACUGCAAAGGGAGGGACGGCGUGUGUGUGGAGAUCGAGGCGUGUUACACCUACACUGCUCACCCAGAAUCCUUUUCACCACACAUCACUCUCGCUGUACAUUUUGAAGCAGACACAGAGCGCAGGAAGUUGGGCCUGCCCCACAGAGUUCACUUCCUGGGUCGGACAGCGUCUGAGCCAGAGUAUGUUCACUCUAAGGAGGUGGAGCUGAGGGGUCAGAACCAUCCAGCCUGUCAGACAGCCACCUUUGUGCUACAGGAAAACAUCAGGGAUAAGCUCCGUCCUAUCUCUCUUGCAAUCACACACACAAUUAAGAAGACCCGUCAUCAAGGUCACAUCGGUGAUAAACACCUGGGCCGGCUGAAUCCAGUCCUGGGCAUCAGCACCUCUAACACCUACUACUCUGAGGUGAACUUCCUAAGAGAAGGCUGUGGUGAAGAUAAGAUCUGUCAGAGUAACCUGAAGCUCAGCUGUCAGUUUGGCACCAGAGCCCCCAUUUCAGACCUCUUUACCCCUUUACCACUAGACGAGGAUGGAGUACCCGUGUUCUCUCUGUCUGAUCAGAGGUCAGUGGUGCUGGAAGUCACGAUCACCAACAUGCCCUCCGACCCUAAGAACCCACAGGAGGACGGUGAUGAUGCCCAUGCUGCUCAGAUGCUGGUCACUCUGCCCAGCACACUGUCCUAUUCUGGCUUCAGAGGACAGCAGGUUGUGUGUCAAGCCAAUCAGAACGGUUCUCAGGCAGAGUGUGAGUUGGGGAACCCUGUCAGACGAGACGCCAUGCUGAAGUUCUACAUCAUCCUGAGUACUUCAGACAUCACCAUCGAAACCACAUCAUUAGCUGUAGACCUGCUAAUGUCAACGAUCAGUGAGCAGCCUGGUCUGAGCACAGUCACAGCGUUCGCUCGAGUGGUGAUAGAGCUCCCCCUGGCGGUCAGCGGGCUGGCUCGUCCUCAUCAGCUGUUCUUCAGUGGGAUGGUCAGAGGAGAGAGCGCCAUGAAGACUCUGGAUGACGUGGGCAGUGAAGUGGAGUAUGAGUUCAUGGUCACCAACACUGGUCAGUCUGUUCAGACUGUUGGCUCUGCAUUCCUGAACAUCAUGUGGCCUUAUGAGCUGGCGAAUGGGAAGUGGCUGUUGUAUCCCUCCAGCCUGAAGAUCGAGGGUCACCCACACUCCCACUGCACUCAUCUUUCAGCUCUAAACCCACGAGGACUGAGCUCCACUGAACCACAUGCACAGCAUCUAAAGACGAGGAGAAAGACGCGCUCUCAUCCAGAAGAGGAGGGGGAGGCCGUAACAAAGGGUGGUCCGCUCAACAGCACACCAGCUGUGGCAGCGUCUGAGAGAAGGAAGUCGCUCAAACUGGACUGUCUGCUGGGCUCUGCCCGCUGUGUGCUCUUCCAGUGUCCACUUCACAGCUUCUCAGGAACCGCACUGUUCAAAAUCAGAGGACGCCUGUGGAACAGCACCUUCAUAGAGGAGUUCUCCUCAGUCAGUGCUCUGGAGCUGCUGGUCAGAGCCAACAUCACAGUAAAGUCCAGCAUUAAACACCUGGUGCUGAGAGACGCUGCUGCUCAGGUUCCAGUGAUGAUCUACCCUGAACAUGGGAUCUCAGACCAGUACUGGAUCCCCUGGUGGAUCAUCCUCAUUGCUAUCCUGGCUGGAGUUCUGGUCUUAGCACUGCUGGUCUGCAUCCUCUGGAAGUGUGGGUUCUUCCGGAGGGCUCAGUAUAAAGACAAGGUUCCUCAGUACCACGCUGUGAAGAUCCCACGGCAAGAACGAUCUCAGUUCCAGGAUGAGAAGUCCAUCAUUUUACACAAGAAGGAGUGGGCCACCCACUGGACUGAUGGAACAUCUUGAUGUUCUGUACUUUCUUUCUCUCCUUGUUUCGACCACAGCAGACUCGACUCCCUCACCAUCCUGAGAGCAGACAGAACUGCUGAGCUCCAAGACACUGCACACUAAUGCCAAACAUAUUUCAUAGCCGUCAGUUUCAUUACUAACAUGUACAGAUAUUAAUGACAUCAUAAGCUAAUAAACAUACUGACAGAGUUUAAACACUGACUCACCAAAGGAGCAUGUUAAGCUUUACUUUACAGACUGAACAGCAGCUUCAUCUUUACUGACUGAACAGCAGCUUCACUUUAUAAAGACUGAACAGCAGUUUCAUCUGUAAAGACUGAAGCUGAAGUUUCUGAUAAAAGUGCCUUCAUUAGAGAACUGAAACAGAACUGAAGUAAGCUCAUUAUUUAGAAGCUUUGCAUCAGAUAGAACCUCUGAAAUGUUCUACAGAGAACCUGUUAGAUGGUUCUGUCAGACCAGCUGUGAGCACCAGUGAAACCAGUGCUUCCAGUAAAAGGCAUUUUAAAUGUGUUAGUAAAGGUAGAGCUGACACUGUGAUAACUAUGACGGUGUUUAAAAAGCUUUUAUUAUUUUAUAACUGUUUCAACAGUUUCUACAGUCCCAUCAUCAUCAUGAUCAUCAUCAUCUUCAUUAUAACCUUACAGGAACAGAUUACCAGAAAAUCUAAUUAACAUGUUUUCAGAUGUUUAAUGUUUCCUUUUUUUUGCUUUGAGGCUGAUGUACAGCCGUGUGCAAAAGUUUGUGCACCCCCGGUCAAUGAGCAUGUUGUUGAUUUUUUCUGAAUGUAAAUAAAUAGCAUAUCCUCUACAGUAAAUACACUUCUGCACAUUUUAAUAUGCAAUUACUGUUUAUUUACUGAAUAUUGGGGGAGGGGGGAAUAAAACACAAAAUGUGGCCUUUAGAAAAAUUAUGGCACAUUUACAUUUUGUGAUUUAUUUUUUCCAAUAUAUUAGACUGAUAAAAUAAUAGAAAUUGUGCACUAAAAUUAGCAGAACAAUGCCAUAUUUUCCAGAGAUUAUUAUAUACUAUAAAACAUUGGCUAUAAUAAUCCAUACGUUUAUGUUCUAAUACAUAGAUGUCUAUUGUAGUAGAUUAGAUUAUUGGUGAACUGUUCCUGUGAUGGGAUUAAAUGACCUCAGAGUCUUUAACAUUCAGAUAAACACGAUUAACAUGUUAAUUGAGGCUACAUAGUGAAAGCUGUUCUGUAAUCUUAUUGAUCAGUGGAUAAUCAGCAUCAGUUCACCUGCUGAUCCUCAUCACUCUGGUUUUUAUUUGUGUUGUUUUUUACAGUCUGAUGUUUUUGUUGUUUUAGUUUCAGUUUUGUUAUGAACUCCAGGAUAUCAAUGCACGAUUCUGAACUGAGCGAAAGUGUGAAGCACGGCGCUUGCAUUGGAAACAAACCCAGAACCCUUCAGAUAUUUUCUUAUUUAAAUGUCGAGUGUAAGAAAAUCUGUUUUAUUGACUGCAAAUUUAUUUCAUUUCACUUUAUCAAACUUUAUUGAUCCCCUUCAGACAGUCUGAAUUGGAGUUCCCUCAUGAUAAUGAGAAAUUGUGAACCAUAUCCAAUGUAAUUCUGAAUAAAAUACAAUAUAAAGUCUUUAUCAUGAAUUCACACUCAGUAACAGCAUUAGUCUGAUACAUGUUGUUUGUGUUUGAACUGAAUGAAGGGGAUAAAUAAAAUUCUGUGAAAUGAAAUAUUGAGUGAGUAUCGUGUAAGUCUGGGAGAACCUUUGCAUAGGCGAUGCAGAGGAGUCAGAAACUGACGCAGUGGAGAUGUGUGCAUGGACAUUGCUGGACAAUCUGAUAUUAGAUGCAUGAAGGAACUGGCUGUAGGUCGUUUUCCCUUUUUGACCAAUCAGGUAUUUAUUUCUGACUGACUGACUGUUUUACUGUAAACUGUAAAUAAAUCAUGUGAGAUAAAUCAAGAGAAAUAUAACGAA